AUGGCAGAUUGGUCGCUCCUUCCCACAGACUUACUAGUACUAAUCGCUGGUUGUUUCCAGACAUCUUUCGAGAUUGUCCUCUUCCGAUCUGUCUGCAGCUCAUGGCGAUCCGUUGUUCCUUCGCCUCGUGAUUCUCGCUGCUUAGGCACCAAAACUCACAUCCCCAUGUUUACCAGCCUUCACUACAGAGGAAAACCUCGGUUUGGUAGCGAUAAAAAGUAUUGUACACUUAAAAAAAUCCCAAUUUAUCUCGUGAGAUUCAACACUCCGUUUGGCGAUGAUUAUUUACUGGCGGAGAUACAUGAAAGAAAGUCCGGGAAACCGAUGCGGCUGUUGUCACCAUUAAGCUAUGAUGGCCUCACAUCCAAGGAAACUCUAUUGUCGUUCAACUCUCUCACCACUCAAAUUGUCCUUUUGUAUUAUCAGUACGAGAUAAAUUUGGAGUAUAUGAUAUCCUUUAGUUUGCGUGUGGGAGUUAAAUGGGAUAAAACAUUCAAAAGAGUUGAAUAUCUUGAACUGAAUACGGAUGACUGCAGAGAUUUCAGAUUGCUAGCUAAUACAGAAAAUGGCGAUAUAAUGAUAUUUAGAAGCCUUGAGAUGAGAUGGACCAAAAUUUUGGUCUCUCCUAAAAAAUGUCGAGAUAUGGUUUCGUUCAAAGGAAAGUUUUAUGUGGUUGAUACAAGUGGACGGGGACAUGUCUUUGUUGUCGAACCGUCUUUGGAAGUUUUCGAGAUCCCCUCGGUCACAUGGUCGACUCUCAAGUCUACGAAAGAGGCUCUUGUGAAGUCGGGAGAAGAGUUAUUGCUAGUGCAACGGUUCACACCAGGCCAGUCUCAUGCAGAUGAUAUGUAUACAUUUUUCCCACAAGGAGAGUCUCAUCCUGAACAUAUGUAUACAUGGUUUAGAGUCUUUAGGCUGGAUGAAGAAGGUGGGACGAGGAAGUGGGUUCAAGUUGACGAUUUGAACGAUCGGGUGAUAUUUCUUGGAACGGAGACGAAUAUUUGUUGCUCUGUACAAAACCUCCCGGGUGCAAAGGAGAACUGCAUUGUGUUCAUUGAUUUGAGAAAUGGUAUUAUUAAACAGUAUGAAUCAAUCCUUUUGUUUGACUUAAAAACAAAAAGCACUAGUACUGCAUUUAGUGAAUGCAGAGGCUACAUGGGUGCAUUCGGUGCGAAUCUUGAAUCUCUGGUAUCUUGUGGAGUUAUGACUAUGCCAAACCCAACAACAAGCAUCUAUGAUCUAUUAAGUGAUUCCAUCUGGCUUACUAAAAAGUAAGUGUCAAGAAAAAUACUAUAAAGUUGUAAUCUUUUUAACAUUGUUUAGUAUGAGAUUAAGGUUUGGCUCAAAGACUCAAUUUGACGAAUUGAUCUUCAUAUUCUUUUUUUUUUUUUUUUUUGGACAAAAAUUUUCAUAUUCAUUAUGCACCCAUUUUACUGCCUA